CCAUCUCCUUUUCAACUGCUAUAGUUCAUACUACAUAUAUACACAUACCAAUUCCUCUAUAUAUUUCCCUUCUUUAUUUUUUACAAAAAAAAUGUCUCCAGCAUUGGCAAAAUCUGCUGAAAAAUUGAAGAAUGAAAUUGAAGAUUAUCAUAAAGGAGUGAAGUAUUUGCAUGAAAGUGGAAUUCAAAAAGUUCCAAAGAAAUACAUUUUUCCUAUUUCAGAAAGACCAAAUUCUUAUACUAUAAAUGGAAAGACACAAGUUGCUAGCAAAGGACACAAUCUUAAGCUUCCCAUCAUAGAUUUUGGUCAACUCUAUGGUCCUAAUAGAGCUCAAGUUCUUGAUUCACUAUCCUAUGCUUGUGAAAACUAUGGAUUUUUCCAGUUGGUAAACCAUGGAAUUCCAGAAGAGGUAAUAAAAAACAUGGUGGAUGUUGGAGGAAGGUUCUUUGAUCUUCCAUUAGUAGAAAGGGAAAAGUACAUGACAAAUGACAUGACAACACCAGUUAGAUAUGGGACAAGUUUUAAUCAAACAAAAGAUGGUGUCUUUUGUUGGAGGGACUUUCUCAAGUUGGUUUGUGACCCCCUCCCUAAUGUCCUUCCUCAUUGGCCUUCUUCUCCCUCUGAUUUUAGGGAAAUGGCAGUUGCAUACUCAAAAGAGACCAAAAUCUUAUUUAUAAAGUUAGUGGAAGCCAUCCUAGAAAGCCUUGGAAUUAAUGUUGCAACAAAAAACAAGACACAACAAAAUGAUGAUGAUGAUGAAGAAAUGUUAAAAGAAUUUGAAGAUGGAAGCCAGCUAAUGGCUAUCAAUUUUUAUCCACCUUGUCCUAAUCCUGAUUUGACACUUGGAAUGCCACCUCAUUCUGAUUAUGGAUUCCUAACUCUUCUUCUUCAAGAUGAGGUUGAAGGUUUGCAAGUUAAGUGCAAAGAUGAUUGGGUCACUAUUCAACCUAUCCCUGGUGCUUUUGUGGUCAAUGUUGGUGACCACCUCGAGUUAUUUAGCAAUGGGAAAUACAAAAGUGUAUUACAUAGAGUUCUUGUAAACUCUUUGAAGUCAAGAAUUUCAGUGGCUUCUUUGCAUAGUCUCCCAUUCAAUAGCAUAAUAAAGCCAUCACCUAAAUUAAUUAGUGAAACAAAUCCAAGACUUUACAAAGAUACAAAUUUUGCUGCAUUUCUUGAGUACUUAAAAUCUUGUGAUUCCACGAACAAAAGUUUCCUUGAGACAAGGAAGAUAACAUGAGAAAAAAUAAUCAAUCAAACAAUACUAGAAAAGUUCAAUUUUGAUUUUCAUAGAAGAAGAAGCAACGGUUCACCAGCCAUUACAGUUGAUCUUUCAUCAAUGAUUCUUUUCGUUGCAAUUCUGACGGUUGACCUUUCAAUAUAAGGUCACGACGAGACAAGCCCUUUAUCAUUAUGAUAAGUGUCAAGUGAAAGUGCAGUGAAAGAAUCGAAACAAUUUAGACAUGUUUUGUGUAUUUUGACUUUUAAAUUAUUAGUACUUGUUUAAUUUUUUUGAUUGGUUAGAUCAAUUAUUAUAAGAAAUUAUUGGUUUGGUAUAUAGUUCACAUCAAGUUAACGACAUAUCUAUUUGUAUUGAGAUUGUAAUAGACGUAUAUACAAUAGCUCUAGCUUCUUUCAAAUCAUUUCUUUUCCAAGGAAUCU